AAUGGCGAGGUGGGUGUUGCAGCUCCGGGAGGAAGGUUAAGCCGCGACGGACGUGGGGUCGUUCCCCAUGGCUUGCCCCCCUUGGAUGCUUCUCCUGGGGGUGCUCAUGGGCUGGGGCGCCUUCCUCCCCGCUUCCCCUUCGGAGAUCAUGGAAGGGAAAUGUGGUGCUCCUAACGCGUUGAAAAACGCACGUAUCCCUGAAGGCAGCAGCUCUGAGAAGCUGCGCUACUCCUGCGUGAAGAACUACAAACGGAAAGCGGGCACCUCCAACCUCAUUCUCUGCAAGCUGGAUAGCAACACCAAAAAGUACCAGUGGACGAAAGCCAACUUGACCUGUAUUCGAGACCCAUCGUUGCCUUCUUCAACAACCCCAAUGUCCAGGGGAGGUAAGCUCGUUUGGGCUUUUGUUGGGGAAUUGGGGAAUGGCACCAAACUUCGAUACAAAGCCACGACUUCCACACUGGCGGCUCCCAAGACGACUGCUGCCUCAACACUGGAGACGGGUAGCCCACCGCCAGAUAAACCUACCACCACCACCACCACCAUGGUGCCACGAUCCACCGUAGGGCUUCGCCAAGUCACCUCUCCUGGUCCCAUCACCCAAAGAAGCACCUGGCCCCAAGAGACCACCACCACAUCUCCGGCUUUGCAGGCCAUGACUUCCAAGACCCUUAAGGCAGGAAACAGAUCCACAGCUGCGCCAUCAGAGACAAGCACUCCGUGGAAACUUACAGGUUGGUCCCUGAUGGGCUGA